AGACUCUCACAAAUAAUAAUACAUCUACGAAUGGUACGAAACGAUCAAAAAAGUGAUGCGAUUUCAAUAAUAUAGGAUAUGUCAGGAAGAGGAUAUGGAGGUCUCGGGGGGGACCCUUAUAUGAAUGGCAAUUCUACUGGAUAUGCGAAUGGGAAUGGGAAUGGGAAUGGGAAUGGAUAUGGAAGUGGAAAUGGUAGGAAUGCAAAUGCAAAUGGAUUUCCAGGACAAAUCACUGAGGAUGGAGAUUAUGAUCCAUAUAAUACAGGAACUGAUAGAUACGCUACUCCACCUCCUCGACAAGAAGGUCUUCGAACACCAUCGCCUUCCAUGCCGCGAAGUCCUCGAUCCCUAGCUUUUCCACGACUGAGAGAACCGACGGUUAAACCAAAAUUAGAAGAAACCAAUGCGGAGAAACAAAUUGGGGAGGUGUUAGAACAUAUCAAGAAGGAAUGGCCUGCGUUGUGUGAAAAUGGAUGUGUGCCAGUACAGUUGGCAUUACAACUUUUAGACACGAGUUCGGUCGGCAAGGCACAUGAAUACGCGCAGUUUGAACAAUCGAUGCAAUAUCUACAAGAAUCUUUAAAAAAUAUCGUACAUGAGCAUCAUCAAGGAUUCAACAGUUCGAUUGGUACAUUUCAUAAAAUUCAAACGAGUAUUCAGACGUCGCAAAAGAGGGUACGAACAUUGAAGGAUUCGCUCGCGCAAUCGAAAGCUAAUCUUUCGACUACGGAUCCAGAGUUGAAGAAAUUGGGUUCGGCGUCAACGAUUUAUGAUGAAUUGUUACAUACACUUUCUGAGGUGGAGGAAUUACGGCUGGUCCCGGAUCAAUUGGAAGCACGGAUUUCUGAGAAGAGAUUCUUGACUGCGGUGGAUGUUUUGCAGGAUGCUCUACGUAGGAUUCGAUCCCCGGAGUUGGAUGAUAUUGGGGCUUUGAGUGAACUGAGGACGUACCUUGCAAAUCAGGAAACGGCUUUGACGGAUAUAUUGAUUGAGGAACUUCAUGAUCAUUUGUAUCUCAAAUCGCCUUACUGUCAGGAGAGAUGGCAGAUGUUGGCGAAGACUCAAGGCGGUGUUUCGAAGGAGAAAUUCGAGAAUCCAAAUGGUGUCAGGCCAUUUUUUGAAGUACUUGACAGCAUGGAUUUGGCUGAGCCGAUGGUGGAAGAUGCGUCGAGGAAUCCAGAAGCAGACACGUUCUACUAUGUGGAAUUGCUGACGGAAGCAUUGAAUAAGCUCGGUCGUCUGGAUAUUGCUGUUAAUACCAUUAAGCAGAGACUUCCAGUUGAGCUUUUUGGCAUCGUCAAUGAAACUAACAGCGAAGUUGAUCAAAAGCACCCAAGCUCUUUACGUGGUGGGUUCGGAUCUACACAAGGAAGCCGAACAUUCUCUAGUCGUGAGAAUACGAUCCGUACAGAUGUUAUCUAUGAUUUACUUCGGACGUUAUACGCAAAAUUCGAGGCUAUUGCAGAAGGUCAUCGUGUUUUCUAUGAUGUGGUAAAAGCUAUUACGAAGAGAGAAGGUAUGAGGAAUUCGACUGUACUUCUUGGUGGUUUCAGAGAACUCUGGAAUCUAUAUCAGAAUGAGAUUCGCUCUCUAUUACAUAAUUAUGUGACCACAGAUGCGGAUGUAUACCAAUUUGAUUCUCCUCGACCUGGUGCUUCCAAGUCGUCUAAGUUAGAGAAGCUAUUUAAGUUUUCGGAUGCGGAUGCUAAGUCUGUUCAUAUGACAACUGAAUAUGACGAGUUGGAGAACAUCAUCAGAGCUGCUGUACCCGGUCUCAUGUCGAGUUCAAGGAAAUCGGGUGCCGAUAGUAAGAAAGCUAAGUCUUUCUUAGAGAGUUCGGCUGGAAGAAAUGGGGCAAAACGAUUGACUGGUACGGCUUUUGAUGCUAAAACUGGUGGCAUGGGGACGCACAAGUCUUUGGUAGAGCCGAGUGUGUUUAACAUGAGCUUGCUGUUACCUCCUACAUUGGGCUUCUUACAGAGAUUGAAAGCCAUUGUUCCUCCUGGUUCGGACUUAGUCACAAGUACUUUGACAUCGUUCUUGGAUAACUUUCUUGUUAAUGUCUUUCUACCUCAGCUUGAUGAAACACUGGGUAAGCUUAGUGACUCGGUGUUUGAGGAGACUGAUGCAUUCCAACAAGAUGCACAAUGGGCAAGAGUGUCGAGACGACCUGUCUUUAAAGGCACGGCAGCUUUCUUUAAUUUGAUUACAGCAUUUUGUAGAAUGCUGGAUACAAUUCCCCACGAUCAAGCAUUGAGCCAACUUAUCAUCACGCAAAUGAUGAGAUACUAUGAUAGAUGUUAUGACUGGUUCAAGUCACUCGUUUCUCGAGUUAGUGAUUCCGAAGGCUCAACACUUAAGCUAUCUGCACUGCUUGCCAGUGAGCCUGGCGAGAUACAUGAUACUAUGCAGAAAAUCUGGACAAGUGAAGCAGUCGAUCGUCAAUUAUUGGACAAGGAAACUCAUCUUUUGAUUCUACAGACAAAUGAGAAUCCUCCUCAAAUGGAUGAUAUCAUCUCAGAUCGUGAAACUAUUUCAUCUCUUUGUGUUUUAUACACUAGUAUGAAAUGGUUAGCUAUCAAGAUAGGACAAUUAAGACAUAUCACGAGGAACGAUGCAGAUUCAUCCCGUACACAAUCCAUGCAGAAACCACCGCAUAGACGUUGGACUUUGCUGAAUGACCCUAGAGGGCAGGAUGAGCAGAACAUGGUUUAUCUUCCUAUGACGCAGGAAACUGUUGUGUAAGUUAUUCUCUUUGACAGAUUUGGUACAUGACUAAUGUGAUAUAUUUAGCGCAUUCGACUCAAUCGUUUCCUCAUACCAAGAACUAGCCGCUACUGUCCUAUUAACGCUUCACAUGGAAACACGGAUACAAAUUUUACACUCCCUAACGCGUGUUCUCUCAACUUCCUCGGGCUCAAAUCCCUACCCGUAUAUUCUCUCUCAACCAGUCUCGGAGCCAGAUCCAACUAUCCUAUCACUAAACGCGGAUUUGGUAGCCUACGAUGAAACGGUAGUGAAGUUCCUAAGAGACAAAGAAAUCAAUUUUGUAAGGAAUGGAUUAGGUUUGUUAAUUGAUACUUUCAUGGUUGAUAAUGCGAGCAAGAUACAGAGAAUUAAUAAAGAGGGAGGAAAGAGAAUGAGAUUGAAUGUACUAGUGCUACAGCAAAAUUUGAAGGGAGUAGAGGAUGGAGUAGGACUUGUGAGGAGUAGCAGGUAUUGGGGACUAUUUGAAGAGGGACCCGGGGGCAUUGUUGCAUGGGCGAAGGAGAAGGGCGGUUCAAGUGGAGGUGGAAAUGGAAAUGAGGUGGCCGCGCCUGCGGAAUAUGAAGUGAAGUUUAGCUAUGAUGAGCUGAAGGCGUUGGUGGAGUUGUUUUUUAGUGAACCGUUGGGUAGUAAUGAGAGGGGUAUUACGACGGUUGCGAAGAGGGGAAUGGGUGAGUGUAUGUUGCAGUUGAGCGAGCAUAUGUGGCAGAGUUAAGUGGGAGCAUGGAGGAUAAAGGCAAUGGAGGAGGGGAAAGGUGGAAGUUGUAACGUGGAGGAUAAAUAUACUCGGGUGAAGUAGAAUACACUUCCUUGGAAAUACAGUAAUGAACGGAUGAAUGGAUGGAUAGGCGGACACAUGGAUGGAUUAAUAUGCAUUUGGCGUGGAGUUCUGGAGUGAUGGGAUGGAAUCGAAUGGAAUGAGAUGAGAGCGAUGAAAAGUCAUGGUGAGUAAAUAAUAAAGUUGUUUGCCAUGAUAUAGCUUCGCCAUGCUACAGCUGCCUGUAUUGUUAUGUAAAGUGAUAGUUGGUGAUUAGAAGAGGAAAUUUUGUGGAAGUGAAACCAAAUGAUAU